AUGGGAAGUACGAAUGAUGUGCUACACGGCGACCGACUGAGUUCACCGGUCAAGCUUUCGCCAUCGAAAUUGAGUAUGAAUCAUGGUGCAUUUAUGGCGAACAUUCAAAACGGUCAUAGUCCUGUAAGAGACGCCAGUCCUGGAGCUUCGUCGAGUUCCAGAGUUAUAGAAGUACUACAUAAUCAGAUUGACAAUUUGACGAGAACAAAUCUGGAAUUGAUGGUCCAAUCGAACAAUUUGCUGUCCCGUUUGGAAACUGCGAACUCCACACACGGGAAGCAAUUGGAAUCUUAUUCGACGCUUAAAUACGAGAACGACAAUCUGAACCUAAUGCUGAGUCGGAAAGAAAGAAGGGUCCGAGAGCUGGAGGAACAAUCGUCUCGUCUUAAAAAUUCCUACGAAGAAGCAACCGUCAAUAACAAAACCAUGCACAGUCGGUUGCAAAAAUUCACACAGCGAGAAUCAGAGCGUGAGGAGCAGUUUCAGAUGGUUCAGGCUCAGUACGAUGCACUGCUAGAUGCCCAAGGUAGAUAUCGGGAGCAGUACUCUCGAGAAGUUCAAGAAUUACGCUCUCAAUUGCAAGACUACAAAGCAGAACAGGAAAAACAGGUUUCUGGCUCAUUGAAGGCUCUACUCGAUAACAACGCUGCUUUGCAAGGAAAAGUAGAUGAGUAUGCUGAAAAAUUUCAAAAACUGGCAGCAGCGCAAGAGGGUCAUGCAGAAGUUGUAGACCGUGAAUGCAAUUCCUUGCGAUCACAACUGGAUUCAGCCAAGUGGGAAAAUCUAUAUCAAGAAUCGUGCAAUGCGGUUCUUGAUUUUGCUUCACACACAGGUAGAGAGCUUUCAGCAUCAUUUUUAAGCCAGCACGGACGCGGCAGCAUAAAAUCAGAGGUCAAGUCCCCGCAAACAUUCCAAGAAGGCCAAAGAGCUUCUUUAAGUCCUAACUUAGGCUCAUCGUCCGGUUUUGUCAAUCCACAGCAAAUUCGGGUUCCCAAAACACGCAAUUCAUCUUCUGCUAAAAGAAGCAGUUUCUAUGGAACUAACGUUUCCAUACCAGCAUCCCCGGUGCCAGGGGUCAGACAGGCCUCAUCCUCACCGGCCACAGCCCCGUCUGGAACGCUUCCAGGCGUUAGGCGCUCGUCAUCUAUCAGAAGCUCAACACCGAACUCUAGAAGCUCAUCUGGUGAACAUCCAAGCUCCGAAAACAACACACAUGCUACGAAAACCCACACCAGAUCUCUGUCGAGUCAAGUAAGAAGAAAGAACUCUACAAGGUCCAGAGCUAAUGAGAAUGGUCCAAAUGGGGAGUAG